AUGUACCCCGUGAGCUCCCCGGCUGGCUCUGCCCUGCACCGCGGCCGCCUUCCCCCGUCCGGACUUCCGGUCGAGGCGCCGCGGUCCCCCGCCGCCGUGCCGGGCCCCGCCGCGGCGCGCCCGCCGACGCCCGCGCCGGGCCGCGUGGCGGUGAAGAUGGCCUUCCGCAAGGCCUACUCCAUCAAGGACAAGCUGCAGGCCAUCGAGCGCGUCAAGGGCGGGGAGCGGCAGGCCAGCGUGUGCCGGGACUUCGGCGUGCCCGGCGGCACGCUGCGCGGCUGGCUCAAGGACGAGCCCAAGCUGCGCUGGUUCCUGGAGCAGCUGGGCGGCGAGGUGGGCACGCAGCGCAAGAAGAUGCGGCUGGCCAACGAGGAGGAGAUCGACCGCGCCGUGUACGCGUGGUUCCUCGCGCUGCGCCGGCACGGCGUGCCGCUGUCGGGGCCCGCCAUCCAGGCGCAGGCCGAGGCCUUCGCGCGCCAGAUCCACGGGCCCGCCUGCACCUUCAAGGCCAGCCACGGCUGGUUCUGGCGCUGGCAGAAGCGCCACGGCAUCUCCAGCCAGCGCCUCUACGGCGAGGCCGAGCCCCCGGCCGCGGGCCCCGCGCCCCGCCCGCCGGUCAAGGAGGAGCCCGCGCGGCCCCCGGGCGCCCCGCCGCCGCCCGCCCGGGCCUCGGCCGCGCCGCUCUCCUCCGAGGCCGGCUACGGCGACGAGCAGAUCAACGUCACCGGCCUCUACUGGAGGCUGCUCCCCGAGCAGGCCGCGCCCCCGCCGGGGGGCUGCGGCCGGCGCUGGCCUGGCGACCGGGUGACCGUGCUGCUGGCCGCCAACCUGACCGGGAGCCACAAGCUGAAGCCUCUGGUCGUCGGGCACAUGCCCGACCCACCCAGCCUGCGCCGCCACAGUCAGGACAGGCUCCCCGCCUCCUACCGCUACAGCCCCGGCGCCUGGCUGAGCCGCCCGCUGCUUCGCGGCUGGUUCUUCGAGGAGUUUGUUCCCGGCGUCAAACGUUACCUGCGUCGGAGCUGCCUGCAGCAGAAGGCCGUGCUGCUGGUCGCCCACCCGCCCUGUCCAAGGUGGGCCCCGGGGAUGCCCACCUGGGAAGAGAGCACGGAAACUCGGCCCGAGCCCUUCGGGUCCCCGGAGGAGCUACAGACCCCCGACGGCACCGUCAGGGUACUCUUCCUGUCCAAGGGAAACAGCCGGCCGCACAUCCCUGCACCCCUGGAGCAGGGGGUGGUAGCGGCCUUCAAGCAUCUCUACAAAAGGGAGCUGCUGCGGCUGGCCGUGUCCUGUGCCGGUGGCUCCCCGCUGGACUUCAUGCGCAGCUUCAUGCUCAAGGACAUGCUGUACCUGGCUGGGCUCUCCUGGGACCUGGUGCAGGCCGGCAGCAUAGAGCGCUGCUGGCUGUUGGGUCUCCGAGCAGCCUUUGAACCUGGGCAGCAGCCCGUCCACCAGGCUGAGGAGGCGGCUGAGCACAGCAGGGUGCUGGCUGACCUCACCCAUCUGGCCGCCCUGGCUUACAAGCGCAUGGCACCCGAAGAGGUGGUAGAGUGGUUGCACCUGGAUGAUGACGGGGGCCUCUCUGAGGGUUGUGUGGCCGAGGGGGGCCCCGUCUGGCCUCUUUCGCUGCCUCCCGCUGCCCCCCCAUCCCCAGCCAGCCUGCCCUCUAGCAUCGGGGGUGGAGAGGGGGAGGAGGAGGAGGAGGAGGAGGAAGCUGCCACUGAGCAUGGAGGAGCGUUGGUGGUACCCACUGCUGGGGAGGCUGUCUGGGGGCUGGAAACAGCUCUGCGGUGGCUGGAGAGCCAGGACCCCAGGGAGGUGGGGCCUCUGAAGCUGGUGCAGCUGCGCUCACUCAUCACCAUGGCCCGGAGGCUGGGGGGCGUCGGGCCCUCCCCCACGGUUCCCAGCGACGGAGUGUGACCAUCCCUGCCCAGUGCCCGUUUUCCCUGCUGCACUGGGAGGGAAAGGACACCUGCUCUGUCAUCUCUCCCUCUGGGGUGGCCCACUCACUCAGGAGAUUGCUGUGGUCCAAGCCCAACCUGGGUGAAGGAGCUGUUGGAGGAAGGUGUCACUCUGCUGCUCAGCUCCUGGGAUAGCCCCCCCCCCCCCCCCGCAGGUGCACAGAGCAGGGUUCACUUGCACAGCUGGUGGAGCACACGGGCACAGCUCCUGCCAGCAGUUCUGGCCCCUAUGGGGCUCCCCCAAUCCCUCCCUGGCCUGCCGUGUGCGGCUGCUCCCUUCUACACCCCACCACCGGUGCUCACCGUUCUCCCAGUGGGAGACACACCACUUGGCUUUUGUUUUUUAAGCACAUUAAAUCUGCUCUUAAAGACAUUCCUCAGAAGAUGCCAUGAGACCUGGGCAGAGUGCCGCGGCCUCUGAGCUGCUCCUGCCCUUGCUCUGGAAGCUCUGGCUUGGUUCUAGGCCAUCACCCUGGCCCAGGCUGACCUGUCACAGUGCGUGAGGAUGAAGGCUGGUACUUCAUGAGGUUCUGAAAUACCUCUCCCUGCAGCAGCAGGUAGAGACUUUUGUCCUGAACAAAACUCCAUCCUGGGAUGGUAUUCCAUGGGUUGGCAAGUAUUUGAGUUUGGCCCCUGGUGUUCUGAUCAACGGCAGGACAAGCUCUCCUGAUGCUCCAUCAGCUACUGACCACCUGGUCAGGCCCAUUCACUGCUGGCCUUAGUGGUCUUAGUGCCUUAGUGUCACCCCCAUGUGGGUUCUUCCCAGCCUACUCCCCCACCCCAAUUUUCCUACCUUUUGACACUGCCAAGGAUGUGGUUUCAGAGCUGCCCUGGUGGCCCGAUCUGAGAGGGGGCUGUCUAAAUUUCACUCCACCCUAAUGUUCCACCCAGGUUCCUGCUGCCGGUCCGGGUAGAGAUGCGGCCCCUCAGGCAGGGGUUGGGUCACUGCUUUUGCUGAGAUGCUGCUGUCCCGGCCCUCUUAAGGGGCUGGGGCCCGGGUCAGAGGAGCUGCUCAUCCCUCGGAUCACACGUCUGAAGUCAGAGCCCUGGGCACAGGAGCAGGUGGGAGGGUGCCCGGGACCUGCAUGCAGGUGGUGUGCACACUGAAGGGACGGCCAUGCACUGGCGUGACCGUAGGGCAGCUGAAGGAAGCACUUCCUCAAAGUGGUUUCCAUUGAUCAUAGCUCCCUGGAACUGCUUCCCAUCCCUACAGAAACGUGUGUUUCCAAUCUCAGCUGAGAGGAGGUGUGGAGGAUUUGGGAGCAAGAAGAGUAAGGCCUGCCUGGCCAGGUCAGUCUGCAGCCUCCAUCUGUGUGUGCUGCGCCCCAGCCGGCCACCUCCGUGGAAAGCCCCUCCAUGCUCGCACACCUAGGUGGCUGAGAGCACAAGGCCCAAGCAGCUGGGGCCAGGCUUCAGCAAGUAUAAUGCAUUUACACCAUCAGCCUCCACUUGGGCCCAGGCACCCACUCUAGGAGCUGCCCCCCAAUUCUGGCAGGCAUGUCUCCAGGGAUCCGAGGACAGCCCCAUCUCAAAGGCUGUGGCAGAGCUGUAGGCCUCAGUGCCCGUCCACCCUGGGAGCUGCCCUUCGGUUUGGCUUCUCAGCUGCUCCUGCUGUGAGUGUGCCGUCAUUCUCCUUUCUUCUGCUUUGCUUCCUGGGGGCCUGGGCCCAAAUGAGCUGGAGUCAGCAGAGUCAUUGGUCACGAUCGCGUGCUGCCCUUCCUGGCCCCACAAGGCCUAGGGGCGGCUUCCAUAUAAACAAGACAAGUAGAAGUCUGUGUACUGGCAUUUGAAGGACUGGGGAGCCCCACGCUGGCUCUAGGUAUUGUCUUGGGCUAGAGGUAUAGCUCAGGGUCGUGCUUUGCCUACCAUGUGAAGGCCCUGGGUUUGAUCCCCAGCACCUCAUAAAAG